AUGUGUGAGGCAGGGACGGUUAUCGACAUUGGAGGCGGCCGCUUGGAAAGCUCACUCAAGGAGUUAACAGAGUAUCAAUUCCUAGGUUCAAAUGGUGGAAAUCCUCGUGACCUUCCAACGGGACUGUUCUAUAAUACUAGAGGAUUGAAGAUCUGGAAGGACAUCACUCAUUUGCCGGAAUACCAACAAACCCAGGAUGAAAUAAACCUUUUGAACUCCUUCAAGGACCAGAUAGCGGACUGGAUAGUGGAGGGAUGCACAAUCGUCGACAUGGGUAGCGGGGAUACCCGAAAGGUGCUGCCUCUUCUAGCGCACCUUGAGCAGUUAAAAGUAGAAGUGCAAUACUUUGCUCUUGAUCUUUCCAAGCAGGCAUUGGAACAGACAAUGGAGCAACUUGUCCCAGAAUUCCAUUAUGUCCGAUGCUUCGGCCUUUGGGGCGACUUCAGCGAUGGUCUGAACUGGUUAAGGCCUGUCAAGUCUCCUAAACUUAUCCUUUCCUUGGGCUCCAUGUUCGGGAACGAUGAGUUCUCCCUCGCCGUCUCCAGGCUGGAGGAGUGGAAACAUGUCAUGGGCCGCAACGAUCUCAUGUUACUAGGGUUGGAUGCCUGCGACUACCUGCCAGAGCUAUGGGAGUCGUACCAUGAUCCCCAACGAGUCUGGGAUAGCUUCAUUCGAAAUGGCCUGAAAUACUCGAACGAAGUUUUGAGGUGUGAUUGGUAUAAAGAGGAGGACUGGCAAAUCUCCGGCCGCAUUGAUAGCUCACCAGACACAGUCCACCGAUUCUCCAUCAUUGCUAGGCGGGACGUACACUGCCACCCUCUUGGCCUUCACUUCUCCGCGGGGGAACGUGUCGACUUUUUUGAGGCGUGGAAGUACGGUCCAGAGAGGAUGAGGAGCCAGUUUAAAAUGGCGGGCUUCGCCGAGGUGGAGAGAUGGCAGGCCCCUGGCAACCGCCCAUUCUGUAGGUGA